AUGAGUACGUCGGACGUGGAGGAGGAUCGCGAGAUCAACGUAGACACGGACAGCCGGUGCAGCGGCGACGACGACAGCUACCGCAGCAGCGACGGCUCCCUGCAGCGCAGCGCCGCCGCCGCCGCCUUCGCCUCCCACGUCGUCAAGGAGCGCCUCACAGAUUGCUGCAAACGUCUCAGGCUCCCAUUGACACUGAGCCCACUUCAUAACUUUUGGAGUCAGGCUGAUUCAACAGACGCCGACAUCUCGACGUUCCCGAUCACGAGGCGGAUCGGCCACCCGUACCAGAACCGGACGCCGCCCAAGCGCAAGAAGCCGCGCACUUCGUUCACGCGGCUGCAAAUCGCCGAGCUGGAGAAGCGCUUCCACAAGCAGAAGUACCUGGCGUCCGCCGAGCGCGCCGCGCUCGCCAAGACGCUCAAGAUGACGGACGCGCAGGUCAAGACCUGGUUCCAGAACCGCAGGACCAAGUGGAGGCGGCAGACGGCGGAGGAGCGCGAGGCGGAGCGGCAGGCGGCCAACCGGCUGAUGAUGUCGCUGCAGGCCGAGGCGCUCAGCAAGGGCAUGUACCCGCCCCCACACCCGCCGCCACCCCCGCCGCCACACCCGGGGGCGGACGCGCCCGGCGCGCUGGCGGCCGCAGCCGCGGCUGCCGCAGCCGCCUCCGUGUCCGCGGCGGGACAGCCCCCGCAGCCGCCCCCGCACCUGGCUGUCUCCACGGCGGGCGGCGCCGCCUCCACGACGGCGCUGAGCGCGCUGCAGAACCUGCAGCCCUGGGCCGGCGCAGACUACGGCGUGCACCCGCCUCCUCCGCCCCCGCUCGCCUCACCCAUCUGCUAG